GCGACGUCCAAUACCUCUAGCGAGAGGCUCGAUGAUUCGGCCACUAGAGCCUAAUGGGUGGUUUUUUGUGCAGCCUGGUGAGCACAAACGGAAGCCCAAUGGUAUCUUGGGUCUUCUGUGCCGGCUGCACUUCCCCGGGCUCGUGAUGCAUGCUGGGGUCCUGGAGCCGGCAUACACGUGGGACCACUACAUGGCCACCCCGGACGCUACUGAUCGCGAAGGAAGGAACUUCACCACCAAAGCGAGACGGGUGGUCGGGGAGUUGUGGGAUUUCUACAGGUGCGAGGAAGGCUAUGAGGCCCGGGUGAACGAGCAUGCUCACCAGGCUUGCUACAAGCUGGUGAAGGACAUGCACUACGAGGCGCGUGUCCAGGCCGUCAUUGUGUACUGCGCCGAAUUCGAGAAGAGGAUCGUCAAGAAACCAGCCGCAAGGGACAUCUUCCUCACGCGAGACCAGUACUUAAGGGUGCCUCCGAACUGGUGCGCAAACAAGGCCGAGUGCUGGUCUAUGAUGGUGGACAAGUGGAUCAGUGAGGAAUGGGCCCGCCAGCACACCUUAUGUCGCUUGAUCAAUGCGUACACGGAGGUGGGAAAGGCGCUCCAUGGGGAGACUUGGGAUCCGGCCACCGCGCCACUCUCCGGAGAAGCCAUCAUGAGGGCGGGACAAGGAAAGAAGCACGGGCGGUACUUGAUCGCCAAUAGCUUGGUCGACACGGCGAGUACGCCCAGUCUCUCGCAGCUUAGGGCAAGUAGCACCGACUCGACCCCACCCAUACGCCCACGGCCUGAGACUUCAGUGGCCAGCGUGCACCAGAGACAAGCCGAGAUGGAGGCAAAGUUUGAGGAGGAGAGGAGGCGCCGAAUGGAGAUCGAAGCCAAGCUGGAGCAGGAGCGGAAGCUGAGGGAGGAGCAGUCGGUUAUGUUGCACAGCAUGGUCACCUGGAUGUAA